AUGGCUCUUUAUUCAGCUGAAGAUGCCAAGUUUCUCAAAAGACGUAUUCGUGGUGGACAAAUUGACGUUCAUCCAACAGAAAAGGCACUUAUUGUUAACUACUCCAUUGAAGCAACGGUUUUGGAUGAAUAUCAAAAUACGAUGAUUGGUGACAAGAAAGAUGCACAAAAAAUAAUUCGGCUCAAGAGUCUGGGUCCUACGACUGACAUUCGCGCAUUAGCGAAAGAAGUCGUCAAUCGUUGUAAACUAAUUCAUCCAUCGAAAACCGGCGAAGUCGAACAAUUACUAUUCUAUUUACAAAACCGUCGUGAUACAAAUCUGACGAGCGAAUCUACAGCAAGUGGUCCACAGAAACCUCUAUCGGAUGAACUCGAACAGCCGUCUAUUGAUACACAAAUCAAUGAAACAGCAUCAUUAAAUGACAUCGAGGAUUAUGCAGAAAUGUUGUACGAAGAUGUUCCUGACAAAAUCAAAGGAUCUGCAUUGAUUCUACAGUUAGCUCGAAAUCCAGAUAAUCUUUCUGAAAUCAUUCAAAAAGAGAGUGUCUUGAACGUGUUAACACGUGUAUAUCGAGAAGACUGGAAUCAAAGCAUUGAGUUAACCACAAAUAUUGUUUAUAUAUUUUUCUGUUUUUCGUCAUUUACGGAUUUUCAUCCGCUUGUUUCGCAACAUCGUAUCGGCGCACAAACAAUGACGAUCAUUGAUGCUGAAAUGAAAAAAUACGAUCAGUGGAUGGACGAAAUCAAUCGUGAACAGAAAAAGAAACAACGAGAUGCGCGUGCCAAUGUUACCGUGGAUAAUAAGUACAAAAUACUUAUACGAAAACAAGAACAGUUCUUGCGAGUGGCAUUUUAUUUAUUGUUAAACUUGGCCGAAGAUCUCAAAGUGGAAUUAAAAAUGCGUAAUAAAACCAUUAUAAAUCAGUUAAUCCACGCACUGGAUCGUGACAACAAUGAUCUACUCAUCUUGGUUGUUUCAUUUUUAAAGAAAUUGAGCGUGUUCGUUGAAAAUAAAAAUGAUAUGUUACUCCGAACUUAUUGUGAGAAUGAGUAG